UGUGUGUGUCCAGAAAGCGUGCGGCCGGGCAGAGGAGCGGCGGUCCGUGUUCGUGCUGUGGAAGAAGAAGAAGGGAACUGAUUUCUGACGGAGGACCAACUGAAAACAAGAAGGAAGCAACCGGAGCCGCUGAGGCCGACAUGACGUGAGGGCGCCGGAAAGGACUCCGGGGUUUCUCGCUUCGAGCUUUGCUUUUCUCUGCCGUGCGCGGAAAAGUUUUGUGUAGCAGUUUGUUUUCCGGACGGGAAACAGACCCCGACUCGAAGCGCACUCGACCUCCCGUUACUCCCGUUGACCCGACGUGUGAAGGAUCUCGUCUGGCUUCCAAACCUCCAGCCCUCCGGUCUGCCGGGACCCGUGGCGGGGCGCGAGCCCAGCAGAUGUGGCCGGGACUGGACAGAACGGAGCUUCGGCUUUCAUCGGAGCGGUGAUGGACAGGCGGACAGCGCGCGGGGCCGCCGUGGCGCUCGCGCUGCUGCUCUCCGUAUCCGCGUGCAGGGCGGAAGAAGAGGUAGUGAUGAACACCAAGUUGGAGACAUCAGACCUCAAAUGGACGAUCUACCCCAAUGACGAACAACAGUGGGAUGAGAUCAGUGGGUUGGAUGAAGAGUCGAACAGCGUACGGAUCUAUGAGAUCUGUGCUCCUGACAGCUCGCUGUCCUAUUGGCUGAGGACGUGCUGGAUUCCCAGGAAGGCGGGGACUGUUCUCUACGUAGAAAUCAGGUUCACCAUGAUGGAAUGUUCCGGCCUGAAUUACCGACACUGUAGAGAAACCUUCAACCUUUAUUACUACCCAUCAGACAACGCUGACGCAACACACACCCACCCUGCAUGGAUGGAGAACCCCUACACCAAGGUGGACACGGUGGCAGCAGACCAUCUCCUGCAGCGGGGGGGUGAGAAGCGUUCUAAUGUGAAGACGGUUCGGAUCGGUCCACUGAGACAGAGAGGGCUCUACCUGGCCUUCCAAAGCCAGGGCGCCUGUAUGGCCCUGCUGGCCGUCAGGGUGUACUACAAGAAAUGCCCCGCCCUCACCAAGGCCUUCGCCCGCUUCCCCGAGACCACCCCCCACUCACUGGUGGAGCAGGCCCAGGGAGUGUGUGUAGAAAAUGCUGUGACUCCGCCUGGUGAGCAGGUGCGGCCUCCCAGCAUGCUUUGCGGUGAGGACGGCCAGUGGGUGGGGCAACCCACGUCAUACUGUGCCUGUCGGCCUGGUCACGAGGCCGUGGACUCCGAUGUGCGCUGUCGAGCUUGUCCAUCAGGGCAGUUUAAGGCGGGCUCAGGACUCGGCGGGUGCAGUUUGUGCCCAGCCAACAGCACAACUCUUAUACCCGGCUCCGCCUACUGCCUCUGUCGCUCUGGUUACCAUCGAGCCGACUCAGACCCUCCCCAUGUGGCCUGCACACGUCCCCCCUCUGCCCCUCGCUCCGUGGUCACUCAGGUAAAUGACACCAUGGUGACGCUGGAAUGGAGUGAACCUGUGGACCGCGGCGGCCGGCUGGAUCUGAGUUACAGCAUUCUGUGUACGCACUGCAGCAGCAUCGGCGAGGCUUUGUACACCAUUGCGUGUGCUCCAUGUGAUGAUAGCGUGUUGUAUCAUCCAUCACAACAAGGGCUAACCCAGCGCCGAGUCAUCAUUUGGGGUCUGAAACCGCACACCAACUACACUUUCACUGUCCAAUCAGUGAACGGCGUGUCUGCUCUCAGCCAAUCAGAGCCCGCUGCCGAGAGAGUCAACGUUACCACAAGCAGAGAUGUCCCUGCCCCAGUUUCUGGUCUGAGGAAGACGGCAUCUUCAGAAAACAGUUUGUCUAUAGAGUGGAACGUCCCCUCACAAUCCCAUUACAACAUACUGGACUACCAGCUACGCUACUUUCCCAAGGAUGGUGCGGAGGCGGGUCAGUGGCAGUACCUGUCCACCAGUUCUACAUCCGUCCUGCUGAUGGGUCUCCAGCGCUCCUCCAGGUACCAGGUCCAGGUCCGGGCUCGCUCCCAGGCUGGCUACGGCUCCUUCAGCCUGGCUAGAAGCUUCUCUACUCUGCCGAAUGAGGAUGAAGGUCACUCCAAGGUGAUGCUGACAGGAGUUCUGGUUGCCAUGGGGCUACUCCUCCUCAUCGCUGUAGCAAUAGUUGCUGCAUACUGUUACCGGAAAAGAAGAUCAAAGGAGGCUGAACUAAACGACAAGAACGGGCAGUUCCUAAUGGGUCAGACCAUGAAGGUUUACAUCGACCCGUUCACCUACGAAGACCCCAACGAGGCGGUUCGAGAGUUCGCCAAGGAAAUCGACGCCACCUUUGUGAAGAUCGAGGAGGUGAUCGGAGCAGGGGAGUUCGGGGAGGUGUGUCGGGGCAGACUCAAGGUUCCCGGUAAGAAGGAAAACUAUGUGGCCAUCAAAACACUCAAGGGUGGAUACACUGAGAAGCAGAGGCGGGAUUUCCUGUCAGAGGCGUCAAUCAUGGGUCAGUUCCAGCACCCCAACAUCAUUCACCUGGAAGGAGUGAUUACCACUUCCUGUCCGGUCAUGAUCCUCACUGAGUUCAUGGAGAACGGAGCCCUGGACAGUUUCCUGAGGGUGAAUGAUGGACAGUUUACCUGUAUCCAGCUUGUUGGCAUGUUGCGUGGUAUUGCCUCGGGGAUGAAAUAUCUCUCUGAGAUGAGCUACGUACACAGAGACCUGGCUGCUCGAAACAUUCUGGUCAACUCCAACCUGGUCUGUAAGGUAUCAGACUUUGGUCUCAGCAGGUUUCUGACAGAAAACUCAUCAGACCCGACCUACACCAGCUCCCUGGGAGGGAAGAUUCCAAUUCGCUGGACAGCACCGGAGGCCAUUGCCUACAGGAAGUUCACGUCAGCCAGUGACGCGUGGAGUUAUGGGAUUGUCAUGUGGGAGGUGAUGUCAUACGGAGAGCGGCCAUAUUGGGACAUGAGCAACCAGGAUGUGAUAAAUGCGAUAGAGCAGGACUAUCGUCUGCCCCCACCCCCAGACUGCCCCGCCUCCCUCCACACCCUCAUGUUGGACUGCUGGCAGAAGGAACGAGCCAAUCGGCCGCGAUUCUGCGCUGUGGUAGCAGCUCUGGAUAGGCUGAUCAGAAACCCCGCCUCCCUGAAAAUCACAAGGCUUGAUGGACCGGGACCGUCUCAGCCUCUGUUGGACCAGCGUCUUCCUCCUCCUCUCUCGGCUUGUGCUUCUGUAUCCGAGUGGCUCAGAAACAUUAAAAUGAGUCGAUAUGAACACAGCUUCAUCCGGGCCGGAUUCACCAGCCUGGAAUCCGUCUCACAGCUCACUACACAUGAUCUGCUGAGAGUAGGCGUGACCCUCGCUGGCCACCAGAAGAAAAUCCUCUCAUCAAUUCAGACGCUCAGAAUACACAAAGCCCCACCCACCCUACCUUUCUGACCAAUGACAACCCUACAUGUUUUAAUGUCCAAUCACAACGCUCAGUAUUCACUAAACCACACCCAAUCUACCCUCAUGACCAAUCCAGGUUCUACCUUGUCACACUGACCAGUCAGAGAGCCCGAGGACUGAUGAGACUCCGCCCACAUUCCUUUUGCCCGUUGAAAGCCUCCAGAUAAAACGGGGUACUGUGACUUUAAGGGUGUUAAUUAUAGUGGGAAUCUCGGACAUUAAUUACUUGUGAAUGGGGUGGACCCAGGAAGCCUCUUCCUAACCCCUCCCCUUUUCUCUGCUUGCCAUCAUAAUUCCCCGUGACAGACGGAGUUUUUACUGGUCUCUCCGAGUUUAGUGGUAUGCAGUCAGGAGGAUUAAUAAAAUCCACACACCUUGGUCUUCCAGCGAGUCAAAGCCGGCUAAAUGUUUGUGUGACUGGACUUUUUAAGCAGCAAACCAUCAUUUCAAGGUUGUCUUCUUCUAUUUUGUACUGCAUCUGGUGGACAAACAUGUUUACAACUCUCAGGAGACACAUAGCGCCACCCUACUACAGUUUACCAACCCAUCCAAAGCUCAGGAAACACUAACCUCCUCCCAUCUUACCGAUCAGCCCUUCCUGAAUUGUUGAUGGGCAGCAGAAGCCAGCCAACAAGCAUUCAUCAAGGUGAUGACAUCACAGUGAUGCUGCCUCCGCCAAGGCUGGAUGGAGUGUUGACGUUAUUCACGUCUACGAACAGACAAGUUUCAAACCCCGCCCCUGGAUGAAAAAAACGCCCAGGAUUGGUUCCUGGCCUUGUCCAUCACACAGAGACUGCACGUCGAUGUCGGAUUGGUUUGAAGAGCGGACGGCAGAAGCUUGGUUGGAUGAACGGGUUCUUCUUGCAACCCGCCUGUGUGGAAAUAUUAAAGUGGAGUCAGGUGGCGAACAGAUUCUGGUACAUUCAAGAUUCCAGUUUCGCUUUAUUUUCCCAUAAAGUGGAAAAUUUGGCUCGGGCUUUCUUUCACCCAUGCUGCAGUCAUAGAAAACAGACUUGCUGCUUUUCUUCUGGAAACCAAAAUUUGUAAAACUGCGACUGUGCCAUAUGUCGGUCAAAACAAGCGUUCCCAGAUAAACUCCUCUCAGACUGUGUGAGAUGGAGGGAUGAUGGAUUGAGGGAACAGAAAGACUUCUUUUCUCCUAAACUGAAUCUGGUCCAAAUACACUUUCAUUCUGGAAUUUGUAAAAUCCACUUGGAAUAUUCUGAGAUUCCCCUGGAAUACUGUGGAACUUUUAGGCGACACGGUAGAAUUCUCAGGUUUUCCAGAAUUCUCUGGAACACAGAUAACGUUAAUCCAUGGAACAGCAGGAGGGAUGGAAGGCGUCCUCGUCAGAUCCUCAACCACCUGGAAGACACUCGGCCUCCUCAGUUAGAGUUACAGCCGUCCAGAAGACUAAUCCUCAACAAGAACUGUCUCCAUUUUUAUGAGCGGAAAAUAAUUCAUGAGCAAAAAACCUCCUGUCCCAGCAACUCGGAUCUCCCAGCAUUCAUCCUGCCAGCCACCCACAUCUGGUGUUCAUGUGCUGUGUGACGCUACAGGUGCUAAAAAGCUGAAUAAUCAUGUUAGGUAGCCUCAUACCAGAUGUGAAAUAUCAUAUUAGAGAGAGCUACAAAACGGAAUUAUGAAUGAUAGCUGAUUUAAAUAGUCCAAUUUAUUUGCAUAACUCUAAAUUAUAAUUUACCCCAAGGAUUUCACAGUCACACAAUAUAUUGUCUUUUAUAUAUUGUAUUGUAUCAUAGAUCCACGUUGUUUUGUUGUUAUAAAGGGAAAAUUUAUUUGUUAUAAGAUGAAACCACUUUUGUGUUUUCAUGAAGAUGACUUUGGUGACACGGAAAAGAGCAAGUUAUUGUCAGUAUGUGGAGGUCCUGUGUUCCUUUGUGACGCGUUUACCUAAAAACACGUGGCAGAAAUAAAAGCAAAUGUGUCGCGUCUCGGCCAAUCAACGAUGACGGAUUCCAUAGCAGAAUUACUCAUGGUUUUCCACUGUAGCACUUUCUGUAACGCAUAUUUAAUAAGACGGUGAUGAUGAUGAUGAUGAUGAUGGUGAUGAUGAUGAUGGUGGUGGUGGUGGUGAGAGGAACAGCGCGGGGUUGGGCUUUUCGUCUACAUGUCAGGAGACGGUUCCUAUAAGUUAGGGGUGGGUUUUGGGGAGCUCAGCGUGUCAUGCCGAACCUUCCGGGGUGGCGGGGUUUGCUCGGGGGAGCAGAACGUCCACACCGUUAACGGUUCAUCACCACGUCUGAGCGGCACCGGCCCUCUGGCAAAGCAACCUCAUUGGUUGUCAAAAGACCCCCCCCCCCCACAACACUUCUGACCGAGUCUGCCAUUGGUCCACUUGCCUUUCACUCCAACAAUGGCAGCAGACGGGAGAGGCCUGUUGCAUUAUGGGAGUGAUUUUGAAGUCUGUCCGGUGACUCGCCGUACAGAAAAACAUUUCCUUGAUGUUUUGGUUUUUAUUUUUAUGUCUGCUUUUUCUGCUCGUGUGAGUGAAGCCUUUCUGCCUCUGGUUGUUAUACUUUUAUGACCUUCGCUUUUUAUAUGAAAUUCACUUUAUGAAUGAAUGAAAAUAUUAUUGAUACUAUUUUUAUUAUUAUAUACAAGAAUGUUCACUGAGAGAGGGUUGUGUCUGUCUGUCUCUUCAGCCAAUCACAAUAAAGAGAAACAACAUUGUC